AUGCUUCGUUUAGCAUUCAAGCAAUAAAAACGUUAAUCUUUCUAGUAAAAAAUGAAAAUAUGUGAAUUAUUACUCGAACGUGGUUUGAAAUUCUUUGAGUUAGGUAAAUUAGAGUUUAGAAUAAUAUAUUAGAACAAUUUGGAAAUGCAAUAGAUUAAUUUGAGAUUUGUAUGUCUGUAUUUGUAGAUGCUAAAACUCCAAAAAGAUGGGAAGAUACUACAUAUGAAGAAUUAACUCAAUAAAAAUAACCAGAAUAAUCUCACAUAAACAGUAAUAAAAAUAAUUUAAAGAGUAAAAGGACUUCGUCUCAAAUUAUUUGAGAAGAUGGCAGAAUGUUAUUAUAGACAAUUAGAGUAGGGUGCAUGUACAAAGAUGUGUGAUUAUUGGUUACAAAUGAGUCCUUAAUGUAUAAAUGCUUUGAUUUUACGUGCAAAAGUAAAUAUUAGAUAUAGUAAUAGUCCCGUUUUUUAUCAGAUAAUAUUACAUAAAUUGAUUGUCAAAUGGCAUUUAAGGAUCUUAAAUUUGCAUAGCAACUUGAUCCACAUAAUGCAGCACUAGCAAAGUUUUAUGAGAAGGUGAAGGCAUAAUUAUUAGCAUAUAAGGAGUUAGAAUAUUAGAAUUACACAGAUUUAUAAAGAAAAUAAUUGGAGUUGAUUUAACAAUAUAGGAAAUAAGAAGAUGAUGAGGAUGUUCAAUAAGAUUUUAUGGCUCAUUUAGCUUAUUAAGAUUAUGAUUAAGAAUUGAGUUAUGAAUUAGAUAAUACAAAGCCUAUUCCAAUAGAAGUAUCAGAAUUAGGAAGAUUCAUAGAAACAAGAGGGAUGGAGAUGGUGAAAAUAUAUUAAUAGAAUGGUUAAUUGAAAGAGGCAGAAGAUUUAAAAGAGAAAUUGUAAAAAGCAAUUGCAGCAAAGAAAUAAUUGGAAAAAAUAUCUUAAUUGGAUUUUAAUAGACCUAAGAAAGUAAGUAUUUAAUUAAAUGAGUAUUAGAAAUUAUAUGAAUUUGCUUAAAAAUAUGGUAUAAAUUUACUGGAUCCUCAAGUACAAAAUGAGUUUAAGAGAAUUCAAGAGUAGAAUUUAGAGGAUAUUAGAGAAUGGUUGAAACAAAACUAAUGGAAUUAUACUGAUAAGGCUACUUAAAUGUAAGAAUAGGAAUUGGCUAGAUAAGAAUUGGCGAAAUUGUAAUUCAAGAGGAAGAUAAUUCCUUAGAAAGUAAGAUUUAAGAUUUAUAAUAGCACAAUAAAAAUAAAUUUAAUAAAAAAGUAUAACCAUCAAUUAACAAUACUCAAAUUAAUGGUUAAAUGCCAGUGACUAUAAAUAAUAACAUCACUUAUAAUUAGACUUUUAAUCAAUGUAAUAAUGUAAUUAAUAAUUCAAGUAUGAUAUAAUUAUUAUUAUUUAUAGUGAAUGAAUAAAGUGAUGAACAAUUAGCAGAUUGCAAUUGCUUUAUUAAUUUAUCUAUUUUACUUUUAGCCAUAGUUGCCAUAUUAGCAGCCAUUUAUUAUUCAUUUUUUAAAUGA